AUGACUGAUAACCGCCCCAACCCUGAUGAGCUACUCAAUCAAAUUGAGGCAGAGACGUUGACCACGACCCGAGGCAAGCUCAAGAUUUUCUUUGGCUCAUCAGCAGGUGUGGGUAAAACUUACGAUAUGCUGAUGGCAGCACGACAAGCCCAAGUUCAGGGCUUUAACGUACUUGUCGGCAUUGUGGAAACGCAUGGACGUAGCGAAACCGCUGCAUUGCUCGAAGGCUUAACGAUUUUACCACUCAAGCAAAUUGACUAUCGAGGACAAACCCUUAAAGAAUUUGAUAUCGAUGCCGCUUUAGCGAUUCACCCAGAUAUUCUGUUGGUUGAUGAACUGGCCCAUAGCAAUGUGCCGACUUCCCGUCAUCCUAAGCGAUGGCAAGAUGUGGAAGAGCUAAUCAAUGCAGGCAUCAAUGUUUAUACUACUUUAAAUGUACAGCAUUUAGAAAGUGUUAAUGAUGUGGUCAAUCAAAUCACCGGCAUAGCGGUGCGAGAGACACUACCGGAUUGGUUUUUUGAUGCUGCCAAUGAAGUGGUGUUGGUCGAUUUGCCUGCCGAUGAACUAUUAACACGGUUAGAGGAAGGCAAGGUAUAUUUGCCCAAUCAAGCCAAAAAUGCAGUAAAAAAUUUUUUUCGCAAAGGCAAUCUGAUAGCCUUACGUGAAUUGGCACUGCGUCGUACUGCUGACCGUGUUGAUACCGAUAUGCGUAAUUAUCGUAAACAGGCACGGAUUUCACCAAUAUGGAACACCACAGACCAACUAUUAGUCGGCUUAAGUAGUACUGGUAAUAAUGAACGCCUGAUUCGCCAUGCUGCUAGACUUGCGGGUAGCUUGCAUACCAAAUGGUAUGUGACCCAUGUGGAAACCCCAUCUAACCUUUCCAAAAAUAAGCAAAAAAUCUUAGAUGCCCUACGUUUGGCGGAAUACAUGGGGGCAACGACCCAGAUUAUUACCGCCAAUAGUGUUGCUGAAGGACUGACGAGCUAUGCCCAUCAGUUUAAUAUUGGACGCAUUAUCAUUGGACAACAACGACCCAAAUUGGGGUGUUGGCGAAAUUCUUUGAUCGAGCAAAUCGGUAAACAAGACACCAAGCUUGACUUAAUCAUAGUUAAUCAAGUGGCUGACACCACCCCGAAUACAUCAGCUUCUCUUAUUAGCAAAGCGCCGAACUAUCAAGAGUUAUGGGCAAACCAUAACGUAAGGGCCUAUCUGGUCGCAACCGUGGGUUGUACGUUGGUCACUGCCUCACUUGCUAAACUCACCCAAUGGCUGGAUUUAGCUAAUGUUUUAAUGCUGUACUUACUGAUAAUCGUGUUUGUUUCGGUACGUUUCGGUCGUUUUCCUGGGAUUUUUGCGGUUAUUGUUAGCGUAUUAAGCUUUGAUUUUUUCUUUGUUGAGCCAAAAUUUUCUUUUUCUGUAAGCGAUGUACAAUAUCUAUUGACCUUUGGGGUGUUGAUUGUCGUCUCCUUAUUAAUUAAUAACUUAGCGGUUGGGUUACGGUUUCAAGCCCAAUCCGCUCGUCGUCGUGAGCUCCAAGCCAAAUCGAUAAGUGAAUUAAGCCAAGGCUUAAGUGCGGCACGUAAAACUGAACAGAUUGCUGACCAUGCGACGCUGUGGUUAUUACAACAUUUAGCCAGUUAUGCAUUAGUUGUCACGCCCAACAAUCAAGGUCGGUUAAACUUGGUGAGUGAUACCGCCGUACCGUCAGAAUUUGAUUGGGCAGUGACGCAGUGGGUAUAUGACCAUAAUCAGCUUGCAGGAUUUGGCACCAACACGCUUACGGCGAACAAAAUGCAAUACCGUCCACUGGCAGCUUCAGGGCAAGUAUUAGGGGUAAUUGCCGUCUUGCCCAAAGAUACCAGUUAUUUUAAUCAGCCUGAACAACAGCGUUUUUUAGAUGUGGCAGUUGCCCAAAUUGCUUUGGCAUUGGAGCGAAUUUAUUUGGCAAAAGUUGCUCAAGAAGCGGUGAUUCAAGUAAAAUCAGAGCAGCUGCGAGGAACGCUGUUAUCGGCAUUGUCCCAUGAUAUUCGCACACCGCUUGCGGUAUUAUCCACGCUCGCUGAAAGUUUAUUGCAACUAACACAAACUGAGCAAGAACAGCAUCAACUAGCAUUAGAUAUCCAACAGCAAAGUAGGGCCAUUGGACGUUUGGUGGUCAAUAUUUUAGAUUAUGCGUCACUGCAAUCAGGCGGUAUAAGCGUUAAUAAACAAUGGAUUAGCCUUGAAGAAUUGAUUGGUGGAAUAUUAACUCAAUUAGAGUUUGCUCUUGGCACUCGAGAUAUCAUUGUGGAUAUUCCAGACGCCCUACAAUUUAUCUAUACCGAUGAAUUAUUAUUGGCAAGAAUUCUUAAUAAUUUACUCACCAAUGCCAUUAAUUACUCACCGUUAGGGUCACCCAUUCAUAUUCAAGCACUAUCAGACAGCCAAAAUCAUUUUAAAAUUAAUGUUAUUGAUGCCGGUGAUGGUGUACCCAUUGAGAUGCAAGCUAAGAUUUUUGAACGCUUUACUCGUGGUAAUCCAGAAAGCACAGUAACCGGUUUAGGGCUGGGUUUAGCCUUAAGUCGUGAACUGGUAAAAAGUUUGGGGGGCACGCUGAGCGUCACCAAUGUGGUACCGCAUGGGGCAUGUUUUACCAUAGAACUACCUCAACCUAGCCAAAUCGAACAACGACAGUUUGCUAGCCAAUUACAUAAUCAAUCGCAUAUUUCGAUUAAUUCACCCUCAGAUUAUGAGAAUUUACCGACCUAG